GUAGGCGGGACUUAUUUCGCUACUUCCUUACGCUUUGACUUUCAACAUCUGAUUUUUAUAUGGGCGUGGUCGGCAGUAAGGUCGCAGUCCUCAGAACGUGCAUUCUAAUUGGUUGACCUGUAGCCAAUAAAAAUCGUUCCCAUGUAAACGUCAUAGGCGCUCUCUGUAUGAAUUUAUUAUUAUUAUACACUCGCUCGCUGGGCUGGCUACAUCAAAUCAUCGGUUAUUUCCUAAAAUAGUGUUUUUCGCUUCUACGUUCGCUCGCUGGCUUCAUCGGUUCUUUCUUAUAAAAGUUCUUUGAGGGACAACUUCGGGUUAUAUAUUAUUUAUGGCGUCUUCCGGCCUAUCUGAUGUCGCAGCGGAAGAAGGGGGAGCAGAUACGACAAAAGCCAAGCUAACCUCAGGAUGGUCCAAGUGUGGCAAGGGUUCCUGUCCAAAUUGUGGUUUGCAAUAUAGUUGCCGUUACAAGCCACCAAGUUGUUCAGGAUGCAAUUUUGAGCUUGGAGGAUCAUAUGUCCCUAAAAAAAAGCCUCGUCCAUUGCUGCCUAAGUGUACCUUGGUGGUGCAGCCAUCAGACGGGUUAUCAAUCUACUCGGUUAAUACCAGUACCCAUGAUGAUCGAUGUAUUGUGGUUCGUGAAGAGGCUUCAUCUAUGUGUCAGCAUCACCUGUGUAAACAGAAUAGAGCCAUUCAUAUUAACAGCCAAAAAGUGGCAAGCUUUAGUUGUCAGCAUUUGGAAUCCACCAGAGAUUGUACAACUCCUCUUCAGACAUUCAAUGGGAUAUCAGAUGAGGUCAUUUCCAGUUAUCUCUGUGAUGAUGAAACAAAAAAAACCCUGGCAGAAGUGGCAAGAGGGUCCACAAUAGGUUUUUCGGGAUGCGGGAAAUAG